AUGGCCUACCACGCGCGCAUAGAAGAGCUCAGCGACAGCGACAGCGACAGCGACCCCUCCGACAUGGACCCCUCGGACUUCGACCCAACCCAAUUCGCCAACUCCCUCAUAAGCUCCGCUAACAUCCCCUCCACCACCUCCUCCAUGCCCUCAGGCUCUCAAGCCGAACUCCAGCCCCAAGUCCAUAUCAGCCAGUCGCAGGACGAGCAGCGCGAGAAGACGAAACAUUGGCAGUGCCUGUACCCCAUCUAUUUCGACAGCAGCAGAUCGCGGGCGGAGGGCCGGCGGGUAGGGAAGGCGCAGGCUGUGCCGAACCCGUUGGCGCGGGAGAUUGUGGACGCGUGCCAGGGGCUGGGGCUCAGUAUUGUGUUUGAGCCGGGGAAGAUGCAUCCGAAGGAUUGGGCGAAUCCGGGGAGGGUGAGGAUAUUGUUGAAGGAGCAUGGGCAGGUUAGGGCGCGGAACGUUAAGAAUAAACAUCACCUCUACAACAUGGUCUCCGAGUACCUUAAAGCGCACCCGACAAAAGAAGACACGCCGAUGCGGCUGCGCAUCGCGGGUAUGCCGCCGCCCAAGCUGCCACUACCGGCACCUGCUGUUCCCCGCGGCUGGAAAAUGAACAGGAUAUUACCGCUGCAUUCGCCUGCGCUCAGCGGUGGAGGGGUGAGCGACGACAUGUUCAAGGAUAUGAUGGCAGAACUGCAGGGCGGCCAGGCCGGUGCGAGUGCUCCCGGAAUAGAAGGCAAGAAGAAGGACAAGAAGAAGGGGAAGGCAUGA